AUGGAUUUGCCUGAAACGCUACACGAUUUUCUUUUAGUCUUUCUGGGAUCGGGUAUUAUAUUAGGAAGUCUAGGAGUAGUAUUACUUACCAACCCUAUUUUUUCUGCUUUUUCGUUGGGACUGGUUCUUGUUUGUAUAUCCUUAUUAUAUAUUUUAUCAAACUCCCAUUUUGUAGCUGCAUCACAGCUACUUAUUUACGUGGGAGCUAUUAACAUUUUAAUCAUAUUUGCUGUGAUGUUCAUGAAUAGUUCCGAAUAUUACCAAGAUUUUAAUCUUUGGACUGUUGGGGAUGGAAUUACUUUGAUAGUUUGUACAAGUAUUUUUGUUUCACUAAUAACUAUUAUUUCAGAUACUUCAUGGUACGGAAUUAUUUGGACUACAAGACCAAAUCAGAUUAUUGAGCAAGAUUUGAUAAGUACUAGUCAACAAAUUGGAAUUCAUUUAUCAACCGAUUUUUUUCUUCCAUUUGAACUAAUUUCAAUAAUUCUUUUAGUUGCUUUGAUAGGUGCAAUUGUUGUAGCUCGCCAGUAA